CGAGCAUCCCGUCAAGGUCACUCGGAUCUCGUCAAGGCAUCCCGGGGAGGAUUCAACAAAUUGUGCUGCUUUGAGGCUGCAGUGAAGGAGACGGGAGUUACUGUGCCUGUGGUCGGAGGGGAGGGGUGGCGGUUUGAGUUCUCUGCCGGUGUGUAGACCUCAACCUUGGUUGGGGUGGAUGUAGCUGUACUAUUUCUGAUCUCUGUUUGCGUUUUGGGAAGCGAGGCACAGCGAGCAGUAACAAAUGAUCCAUACAUUAGCUCAUGGUCUGGCUGGCCCGGGGAGGCUGGGUCAGGCCAUGUGAUGUCUUGGGUGGUGUGAUGCUGGGCAGGAGAUGGAGGCGAAUAAGCGGCAACACUCCGGAAAAUGCAUUACGAAAGGUGGUAGUAGAACCAACCUCGUAACUAGCUUAUGUAUGCGUUAUGUAGGCAAGAUGUCCCUCCAGAGCAGAUACGCUGUAGACCCUGCUGCACCCAGAAGAAAAAGGUCAACCAUGACCACUAUGACAAAGCAGAGCCUUGAGGGGAAAGAUUCUCUUCUGUUGAGUCAUUGUGUUGGAAGUGUGGACAGCUGGGCUUUGUCAUCCCCUUUGGUAUACCAGCUAAGGGGCACCUAGCCUGGAGUCCUAAAAGUGCUUAGAUGUCUUAAUGGCCUUUUAUUGGCAUCUACGUGAUUUGGAAGAGCUGUGUCCAUGUGGUUUUGUGCCACAAUUUGUCCUCUAAAAUGAGGGGAGCAGUCACAGGGUGGCAGAGAAAAGGCUUGGAUCCUCUGGGGUAUGUUCAAAAAAUUACUGCACCCCUUAUCUAUGCUGUUACUAUUGCUGCUAUUGGAUCUCUCCAAUUCGGGUACAACACUGGUGUCAUCAAUGCUCCUGAGAAGAUCAUCCAGGCCUUCUUCAACAGAACUUUGUCCCAACGGAGUGGAGAGGCUGUCUCUCCAGAGCUUCUCACCUCAUUAUGGUCCCUUUCUGUGGCUAUAUUCUCAGUAGGAGGUAUGAUCGGCUCCUUCUCAGUCAGCCUUUUCGUCAAUCGAUUUGGCAGGAGGAACUCCAUGCUGCUGGUGAACAUCUUGGCUUUUGUUGGUGGUGCUCUCAUGGCCUUAUCCAAGACUGCAAAGGCCGUGGAGAUGCUGAUCAUUGGGCGCUUCAUUAUUGGCCUUUUCUGUGGUCUUUGCACUGGCUUUGUACCCAUGUAUAUCAGUGAGGUCUCACCCACCAGCCUCCGUGGAGCCUUUGGAACCCUCAACCAGCUGGGCAUUGUUGUAGGCAUCCUGGUGGCCCAGAUUUUUGGCCUGGAGGGAAUCAUGGGGACUGAAGCACUUUGGCCACUCCUUCUGGGGUUCACUGUCAUCCCAGCAGUCCUGCAGUGUGUGGCUCUUCUUUUCUGCCCUGAGAGCCCCCGUUUCCUGUUGAUCAACAAGAUGGAGGAAGAGAAAGCACAAGCAGUUCUCCAGAAGCUCCGUGGCACACAAGAUGUGUCUCAAGACAUCCUGGAGAUGAAAGAAGAGAGUGCUAAAAUGUCUCAGGAGAAGAAAGCAACUGUGCCAGAGCUCUUUCGUUCUCCAAACUAUCGUCAAGCCAUUAUCAUUGCCAUAAUUCUACAGCUCUCCCAGCAGCUCUCGGGCAUCAAUGCUGUAUUCUAUUAUUCUACAGGGAUUUUUGAACGAGCUGGUAUUACACAGCCUGUGUAUGCCACCAUUGGAGCUGGUGUGGUAAACACAGUCUUCACUGUUGUAUCGCUGUUCCUGGUGGAGCGUGCAGGACGCAGGACACUCCAUCUAGUUGGUUUGGGUGGCAUGGCUGUGUGUGCUGCUGUUAUGACUAUUGCUUUAGCUCUGAAGGACACUGUGGAGUGGAUCAGAUACAUCAGCAUUGUUGCUACUUUCGGCUUUGUAGCCCUUUUUGAGGUUGGCCCUGGUCCUAUCCCUUGGUUUAUUGUGGCAGAACUCUUCAGUCAGGGCCCACGGCCUGCAGCCAUGGCAGUGGCUGGUUGUUCUAACUGGACCUCUAAUUUCCUGGUGGGAAUGCUCUUCCCCUAUGCAGAGAAACUGUGUGGACCCUAUGUCUUCCUUAUUUUCCUUGUUUUCCUGGUCAUCUUUUUUGUCUUCACAUACUUCAAAGUGCCGGAGACCAAGGGCAGGACAUUUGAAGACAUCUCCAGGGGCUUUGAAGGACAAGCAGAAACCAGCCCCACAACCUCAUCACCUGUGGAGAAAAACCCUAUGGUGGAGAUGAACAGCAUAGAACCUGACAAAGAAGUUGCUUAAGAUUCAUGACACGCCCCUUCUUUGACUCUUACAUUCUCAAAGAGUCAUUAAAGGAAUGAGCAAAGAAACCGUGAGAACUGGGACGAUUUUUUCCCCCCCCGACUGCUGCUAUUGUCUUUGCACCCACAUAUUCUCCCACUCCCCCCCCGCUAUUCUGCCAGGCUUACCAGCAUUAAGCAAAUCUGAUAUCAAAUCUCAUUGUCAAAAUACUGGAAGGUGCCUGGCACUCUAGCAAAAAUAAUCUCAUCUUCUCUGCCACAAACAUCAGGUGAAUGGACAACAGCUGGCAAUAUUUUUGCUUUUCUCACCUGUAACUGCUAUUUGGGAUUAACAUACUUGUGCAUGCAGUGACCAUAAUGUAACUUAAAUACUAUUUUUGUAGUGAGUUAAAGUUACCCACUAAACAAGUCCCCUGCCCUUUGAGUCUACUCUGUAUGUGUGUGUGCAGUGUGCACUGGAAUUUAACAAGCCUACCAAAAAGCCAUCUCCUAGCUUUUUCCUAUCCAGUGUGCACUUUUUCAGCCUCAGGAAAAAGGGGACCAAGUUACAUGCAUAUUUUUUUCCUGUUCUUUUGUUUUUUGUAUAGACAGACUGGGAACAUACUUUUACUUAAGUUUAUUUAUUUGUAUGUCACUUUGUAAAUAUUUAUUUUUUUAAUGGUGUACAAAAGUGUACAGAUAAAGAAAUUGAAAAUGUUUAAGACAUAGCUAUUCUAAUGGAAGACGCUGUAGACUUGAGGUGCAAUAAAACUGUAAAGGAGAAAUACAGUACCAAACAGUAAGACAGGUGUUUUAGAUGGUAGAUCAGAGCCAAUUUUGCACAUCACCUUUAAAAGUUACUUCUGCCCUUUGGGAAGAAUCAAAUAAUUGAUCAGUACUGGUGAGAAGAGGUAAACUUGUUUAUCAACCAAAAUCCCUGUGUCAUUUGGGAUAUUUUGAGUGGUGAUUUUAAAAUUUGUUCUGAAGUGCUACUUGGAAAGUGUGGUAUUGCUGCAAGGGGAUGUUGUUAGUUUAUACAUCAGUUAAGCAUUUAAGUUAAGCAGUAGGGAUGAAUGUGGGUGGUAACUGCAAACCACAAGGUGAGUUUUUUUUGCCUUGCCUUUUUGACUUCUCUGCUAUAUUCCAGUAGGCCAGGAAGUUUGAAAAUUGCAGAUUGUGAAACAUCUUUGGAAUAUAGUUUUUAACCUCAUACAACUUAUGUGACAAUUAUAAAUACUGAAGGCACAUAAUGUAACUCUUGUAGACACAACUGGUCAGUUACAGCAUGUGUAGGUUCAUAGAGGUUCAUAGAGAUGCAGGAGUAGACAGCAGAGCUACUGGAAUAUGUUAGCUUAGUCUGAAAGAUCUAUAGUACUCAGUCUGCUGUUGGUUGUAGGCCAAAUGUUUUUGCCCCUUGUGUCCUCUGGAAGAUCUGCAUGAUGUUGCAAUGCCCACUGUUGUCCAGUGUGUUGUGUAGAUGUGUGCAACUGUCUAACAUUGCCUGUUAGAUGGGAUAUGGCAGACAAAAAUGGUACAUUGUAAGUAAUGGUCUUCCCUUUGUCUCAUUGCUAGGCAAUCAAGUGUAUGUAUAUACACAGAUAUCAAGCUAUAGUUGCAAACUAUCACAGCUCAUUUUAGGAAGGCAAAAAGUAAUGCAUGCAGUAUCUUCUGUUAUCAAGGGUUGGUACCGUUGCUUCUCUGACUGCAGUGUUCUGAGUCUGGGCCUGCACAAGCUAUCUAAAAACUAGCAAAGGGGUAGCUACGAUUUCAAGCUCCUGUUCUUAGACCUGCAUUUUCUGUUGUCUCAAUCAAAUUGAAGUCUACCUGCAAACUCACAUGAGAGUUCAUCACUGGACAUCCUAUAAAAGAAGCAUGCCCCCAGAUUUCAAGGUGGGUAAGAGGAAGAAGAAAAGGCUUAGAAAGGCAGAAGUGACAGCAAAAUUGUGGUAGCAUGGAUAACCCAAACAUUGACAACAUUGUUUUGGAGCAGGUUAAAGUUCCCAUCAAAGUAUAUUCUGGGAGUGCCUGUGGCAUUUUCUGUAACUGGUGAUGAGAUUUUUCACCUUCCCUAAUGAAAAACAGUUGCAGAGAUCAGUAAAAUUUGCUGCUGUGAAAUACUUCCUGUGAUGUUAUUUAAAGUACUCCCACCUUUGCACAAUGUUAUCCUAUUACAUCCAAUUUUCCCUUGCUUUCCAUCAGCCUUCUCUAUCAGGUAUUUAUUCUCAGAGGUAUUAUAUGACUACCCUCACUUCCAACUUUCAUAUUUUGGCUCAGUUAUACAGGUUGUGCCCUUCCCUUAAGCCUCCAGCACUUGCAGAGAUAUUUCCAUAUGGACAUCUGUGUUUUAGGAAAUUCCUCCUACAGCUGUGCAUAAGAGCAUUCCCCACUUUGCAUUAGAGAUGUGUUGGCUUGGACCAAAAUGUGUAGGUCUUCCUCACAUGGUAUCUCAUUGUUCUGUAAUGGCAUUGUGGAUAUUUUGGAUGGUUUUUAUAAGCUUAUUGUGACUGUUUAAUGUUUUUAAAAUAAAAGUUACAAUC